AUGAGCUUAGUAUUAGUCGCUAGCAAAACUUGUCCACAUUGCAUAAGAGUGGUCUUGACUUUAAACCAUUUGAAAAUUCCUUAUGAAUUGAAAUACAUAGAUAUCGAGAAUAGACCAGAUUGGUUUAUAAAAGCAAGUCCAUUAGAGAGAGUGCCUAUUCUAUUUGUUGGUGAUGCAGUCCUUUUUGAAUCUCUUGUAAUUCUAGAUUAUAUCAAUACACUUACUCCUCAAUCAUUACUUCCAAAAGAUAAUUUAUAGAUUGCUUUGAAUAGAGCAAGAGCGGAGUUUUCAUAAGAGAUUAUUGAAAUUCUUUGGAGUGUGUUCUCAGCUAAAACAUUAGAAGCUUUUGAUUUAUAAAUGAAAGAAUUGAGAUGGCUAUUCUCUUCAUUGGAAACUUGGCUCUAAUAAACAAAAUUUAUAUCCGACAAUGUUUUGACUCUGGCUGAUUUUGCUUAUGCUCCAAUUUUCACUAUAAUACCUGCUUUAAAACAGGUUAUGAAUUUUGAUAUAUUUGAUGGUUUUCCAAGAUUAAGAGCGUAUGUCGAUAAUCUUCAUGCAAUCCCUGAACUCAAAAUGAGUUUAGUAGAAAACUAUGAUCAGCUUAUUUAGAAGAAGAUACAAUCACGAGAACCAUACUUUUGGAAGUAAUGA